AUGGGAGUUCUCCGCCAAAAAUCAGGUUUGCUGAUGACGGGUUAUGUUACGUUGGAUGAUUACCUACUUGAUGAUGGAAGUGAGGAUGAAAUUCAUUCCGAAAAUGUUAUCAGCGAAAAUGAUGGACGUAAUCUAAAGAAGACAAAGUGGUUAAGGGAUAUGACAGGUGAUUUAAACAUGGUAAGAAAGGGACAGAUGGGUGCACGGAAGCAACGAAGAUAUGAGAAUGCACGGCUUUUAUAUUCGAUGGCGGAUGCGGAAGAUAUCUGCGAAGAUUAUUCUGAUAUCUUACACUCAACAGUUACAGCUCUUUCAAAGCUGUUCAUCGAAGAUGGGAAUAUGCAGGCUUGGAAUACUUUUAUUGAAAAGAAUGAAGAAGAACAAAGAGAAUUUUUGAAAAGUUGUGAAGCAGACGAAACACAUGAACAUUGCUCUUGCUCUGAUGGCUCUUAUUCCCAAGUAUUUGAUAACUGUGAACAACAGGCUUCUGAUAGCCAUCCAUUACAUUCAGCAAAAGCUUCGUUUUCGCGUUUGAAUCGACGAUUCAGAAUGAUAUUAAGACAUAAAACACUACCACUGGAAUUUAUGGCUGUAAAUGAAAAAGAAAUGAGAAAAUUUUUCCAUAGUAAUGUAUUACCAAUAUCGGAAUGGUCUUCAUCUGUCCUACCACGUUUGCAGCGUCUUAUCAUACAUGCGCUAUCGCAAUAUCUUUCUCUUAUCUCGAAAAGCGUAGUUGUUGGUAAUGGUGAUGAGAAGCUUGUCAAAGUUCGCAAUAAAUACUGCUCAUUCCGGCCACCUUCGGAAACAUUGGUUGAUUAUUUGAAACGAAUACACGGAGCUGAUAACGCUGGAAAAGUUUCUUGA